AUGCCACCUCAAGCGACAGAACUUGGCAAUGGAAGAACGUGGACGUUGGGUGACAAAUUUGAGGCGAAGCUCCCUCAUCAUGAGGGAGUCAAGGCAUUGUGGGAGACAAAAUGGAAAUUCCCCUGUACGAAAAGUGUAUAUCCCUUCCAUGACGGAAAGUUCGAAGAUUUCGAGCCUAUUUUUGAGCAUCUAAUUGCUAGAAACAUAAAUGAUGGAUAUGGUGAUGCGUUCACUGAAGCCUUCUUUCCAAUUGCUGAAAAGCUUACUGCUCAAGGAGAUGAGUCAGCGGCUUCAGGCGAUCAAGCUUCAGCAUCAGAGCUCUAUCUACGAGCCGCUUGUGUAUAUCGAAUUGCACGAUUUCCAUAUAUCGGUAAAUUUCCUAAGAUAAGUUCCCAAGUCAAGUGGAAAGCAUGGGAAGCCCAAAAAGAGGUAUAUAUGAAAGCUGCCACGAAAUGGGACUGCCCAGUAGAAGAGGUUAUGAUUGAACAUACACAUGCGGAAGGGCAAGAUGAACUCUCGAUACCACUUUAUGUGAGAUACCCUCCAGCUACUAAAAAUUCGAAAGUGCCCGUGGUUCUUCUCUUGACUGGACUCGAUGGAUAUCGACCGGACAAUACAGUUCGAAGCGAUGAGUUCAUUAGUCGCGGUUGGGCAUGUGUAAUUGCGGAGAUUCCAGGAACAGCUGAUUGUCCCUCUGAUCCAAGUGAUCCUUCAGCUCCCGAUAGAUUGUGGACAAGUGUUUUGGAGUGGAUGAAAUCAGGAGACAGGUUUGAUAUGAGCCACGUGAUGGUAUGGGGCCUGAGUGCUGGUGGGUAUUAUGCCGUCAGACUGGCUCAUACGCAUAAAGAUCAACUGAGGGGAGUUGUUGCACAAGGUGCUGCUGUUCAUUACUUCUUCGGUAGAGAUUGGCUUGAAAAAGCUGAAGGACAUGAGUAUCCUUUCCAACUUGGUCCAGCUAUGGCAUUAAAGCACGGGUAUACCUCUAUAGAAGAAUUCAGAAAUAACGUCCAAAGGAAAUUCUCACUGCUGGAAAGCGGAGUAAUUGAUAAGCCUUCGACAAGACUGUUGCUUAUAAAUGGUACUUUGGACGGACUGAUGCCGAUCGAGGAUUCGCAACUACUGUUUGAACAUGGAACACCAAAAGAAGCUCGUUUCUUUCCUGGUGCCCUACACAUGGGUUACCCAAUGGCCAAUUCUGCAGUGUAUCCAUGGAUGGAGAGUGUUAUGGAAUAA